AUGUCAGUUGCCACUAAGAUGAUACUUUCCCCUAUAGCACCUUGUGGGGGACAUUUAACAGCUCCAACCGGAGUUCUGCUGUCCCCUGGCUGGCCGGGAUUCUACAAAGAUUCUUUGAACUGUGAAUGGGUUAUUGAAGCCAGCAAAGAUCACGCCAUCAAGAUAUCCUUUGACAGGUUUCCCUAUUUUGUUUAGAAUGUAUCUUAUCACUGAUGCAGCUAUUUCAAUUUCACACAAUCAUUCAGUUUGAGAUAAUCUGCCAUGAUUGGCUACAUACAAUUGCCUGCCUGGAAUAGUAGCUUCUAAUUCACUUCCCUUUUCCCUCCUUUUUUGUCUAUUUCUAUGUAGAUUCCAGACGGAGGUUAAUUAUGACACACUGGAGAUUCGGGAUGGCCCCUCCAACUCCUCUCCUUUAAUCGGAGAGUAUCAUGGCACUCAGGCGCCCCAUUUUCUCAUUAGCACCAGUAAUUACAUGUACCUGCUAUUCACCACGGACAACAGUCGCUCCAGCGUGGGCUUCCAGAUCCGCUAUGACAGUGAGUUCUACGGUUUUCAAUUUGAAAUGUAUCCACAGGGCUACCUUUGAAAAGCUGAGGACAUUGUGUUUGCAAUCCACACAUUGUUUCAUGGCUACAACUGGAAUAUCGCUUUCAUGUGUGUGCUGCUGAUGUCAAUAUUGACUCGUGUGGUGGGUGUUGUGAUCACAAGAAGUGUAAAUCUAAUUUCACAGCUCCUACACCAUUUCAAUAUUACUGAAGUGGUGUAGGAGCUGUGAAAUUAGAUUGACACUUAUUUUUGAUAACUUGUCAUCAUUAGUGCUGUUGCCUGAACAGGACUGUGAUUUAAAUGCCAAAUAAUUGGUGAUUACAAAGGCCAACCUCAUGACAUUUAGCUCAUGAGAUGUAACUUUAUUACAUCACCAGUGAUAGCACUAUGUCAAAUGCUGAGGUGUAUGCGGCGGUGAAGUCAGGCGCAGGACACAGAGGAUCAGUAAUGACUACUUUACUUUCCAAAGUAAAAUACGCACAAAACAAAAGCCUCCAAACACAAGAGGAGAAAUGUACGCGGAGUGCGUAAUAAACAAGAUGGUCAAUGCCGAACAUACAUACAAGAGACGCGGACAAUAACACACAAAGGCAAACAUAAAACAAGGGAACUUAUAUGGUACAUAAUCAAUACAGAAUACGAAACAGGUGUACCAACUAGACAAUACAAGACAAACAUCGAAACAUCGAGCGGCAGUAGCUAGUACUCCGGGGACGACGAACGCCGAAGCCUGCCGAGCAAGGAGGAGGAGCAGCCUCGGCGGCAUCCGUGACAGUACCCCCCCCCUUGACGCGCGGCUCCAGCCGUGCGCCGACCCCGGCCUCGGGGACGGCCAGGAGGACGCGGAGCAGGGCGCGUGGGAUGACUCCGGUGGAACUCCGUCAGGAUGGAGGGAUCUAAAAUGUCCCUCCUAGGCACCCAGCACCGUUCCUCCGGACCGUACCCCUCCCACUCCACGAGAUACUGCAGACCCUCCAUCCGACGUCUCGAAUCCACGAUGGACCGGACUGAAUACGCCGGAGCCCCCUCGAUGUCCAGUGGGGGCGGAGGAGUCUCCCGUAUCUCAUUGUCCUGGAGUGGAAAAGCUACCACCGGCCGGAGGAGAGACACAUGGAACGAGGGGUUAAUGUGAUAAUCAUUAGGCAGUUGUAACCUGUAACAUACCUCGUUCAAUCUCCUCAGGACUUUAAAUGGCCCCACAAACCGCCGACCCAGCUUCCGGCAGGGCAGGCGAAGGGGCAGGUUUCGAGUCGAGAGCCAGACUCCAUCUCCAGGUGCGUACACAGGACCCUCACUGCGGUGGAGAUCGGCGCUCGCCUUCUGCCUACAGAUAGCCCGCUGCAGAUGUAAAUGCGCAGCGUUCCAUGUCUCCUCCGAGCGCCGAAACCACUCAUCCACCGCAGGAGCCUCGAUCUGGCUCUGAUGCCAUGGUGCCAGAACCGGCUGAUACCCCAACACACCCUGGAAAGGGGUCAGAUUCGUAGAGGAAUGGCGAAGGGAGUUCUGGGUGAUCUCUGCCCAGGGGAUAUACCCCGACCACUCCUCCUGCCGGUCCUGGCAAUAAGAUCUCAGAAACCUACCCACAUCCUGGUUCACUCUCUCCACCUGCCCAUUACUCUCAGGGUGGAAACCCGAGGUAAGGCUAACCGAGACCCCCAAGCGUUCCAUGAACGCCCUCCAGACUCUAGAGGUGAAUUGGGGACCCCGAUCAGACACUAUAUAAUAAUAAUAAUAAUAAUAUGCCAUUUAGCAGACGCUUUUAUCCAAAGCGACUUACAGUCAUACGUGCAUACAUUUUUUUGUGUAUGGGUGGUCCCGGGGAUCGAACCCACUACCUUGGCGUUACCACUAUAUCCUCGGGUACCCCGUAGUGCCGGAAGACGUGGGUAAACAAAGCCUCAGCAGUCUGUAGGGCAGUAGGGAGACCCGGCAUUGGGAUGAGGUGACAGGCCUUAGAGAACCAAUCCACAAUGACCAGAGUAGUGGUAUUCCCCUGGGAAGGGGGAAGGUCCAUGACAAAGUCUACCGAUAGGUGAGACCACGGCCGUUGUGGAACGGGUAGGGGUUGUAACUUCCCCCUGGGCAGGUGUCUAGGCGCCUUACACUGAGCGCAUACCGAGCAGGAGGAGACAUAAACCCUCACGUCCUUAGCCAAUGUUGGCCACCAGUACUUUUCACUAAGGCAGUGCACUGUCCGGCCAAUACCACGAUGUCCAGAGGAGGGUGACAUAUGAGCCCAAUAAUUGAGACGAUCACGAAUCUCGAGCGGAACGUACGUCCUCCCCGCUGGACACUCUGGAGGAGUAGGGUCGGUACGUAACGCCCGCUCGAUUUCCGCAUCGACCUCCCACACCACCGGUGCCACCAGACAAGACUCCGGCAGUAUGGGAGUGGGCUCAAUGGACCUCUCCUCUGUGUCAUAUCGCCGGGACAGGGCGUCUGCCUUACCGUUCUGGGACCCUGGGAUGUAAGUGAGCUUAAAAACAAACCGGGCCAGAAACAUGGCCUACCUAGCCUGACGAGGGUUCAGUCUCCUAGCUGCCCGGAUGUACUCCAGGUUACGAUGGUCAGUCAGAAUGAGAAAAGGGUGUUGAGCCCCCUCAAGCCAAUGCCUCCACACCUUUAGGGCUUGAACCACGGCUAGCAGCUCCCUGUCCCCCACGUCAUAAUUACGUUCCGCCGGGCUGAGCUUCUUCGAGUAAAAAGCGCAGGGCUGGAGUUUAGGAGGCGUGCCUGAGCGUUGAGACAGUACAGCCCCAAUACCGGCCUCUGACGCGUCCACCUCCACAUGGAACGCUAAAGUGGGGUCCGGAUGCGCCAGCACCGGAACUGAGGUGAACAGGUCCUUCAGUUGUCCAAACGCCCUGUCCGCCUCAGCCGACCACUGCAAACGCACCGGGCCCCCCUUCAGCAGGGAGGUGAUGGGAGCUGCUACCUGUCCAAAACCCCGGAUAAACCUCCGGUAGUAAUUGGCAAAACCCAAAAACCGCUGCACCUCCUUAACCGUCUGCCAAUUACGCACGGCUGAAACGCGGUCAAUCUCCAUCUCCACCCCUGACGCGGACAACCGAUGGCCCAGGAAGGAGAUGGACUCCUGGAAAAACAGACAUUUCUCUGCCUUGACAUACAAGUCAUGCUCCAACAGCCUACCCAACACUCGACGCACCAGGGCUACAUGCUUGGCUCGUGUAGAAGAGUAAACUAGAAUGUCGUCAAUAUACACCACUACACCCUGCCCAUGCAAAUCCCGGAAGAUCUCGUCCACAAAGGAUUGGAAGACUGAAGGAGCAUUCAUUAACCCGUAUGGCAUGACGAGAUACUCAUAGUGACCCGAGGUGGUACUAAAUGCUGUCUUCCAUUCAUCUCCCUCCCUAAUGCGCACCAAGUUGUAGGCGCUCCUGAGAUCCAGUUUUGUGAAGAAACGCGCUCCGUGUAAUGAUUCCGUCAUACUCGCAAUCAGAGGGAGAGGAUAACUGUAUUUAACAGUGAUCUGAUUGAGACUACGGUAAUCAAUACACGGGCGCAACCCUCCAUCCUUCUUCUUCACAAAAAAGAAACUCGAGGACGCAGGAGAAGUGGAGGGCCGUAUGUAUCCCUGUCUCAGAGACUCGGCUAUGUAUGUCUCCAUAGCCGCCGUCUCCUCUUGAGACAGAGGAUACACAUGACUACGCGGAAGUGCAGCACCUGCCUGGAGGUCUAUCGUACAAUCCCCCUGUCUAUGAGGUGGCAAUCGCGUCGCCCUCGUCUUACUGAACACGAGUGCCAAAUCAUCAUACUCAGGAGGAAUGUGCAGUGCGGGCAUUUGGUUCGGACUUUCCACCGUGGUCGCCCCUACGGAAACACCUAGACACCGCCCGACACACUGGUCAGACCACUCCUUGAGAGCCCUCUGUUGCCACGAAAUGGUGGGGUCAUGGGAGAUUAACCAAGGAAGUCCCAGCACCACGGGAUACGCAGGAGAGUCGAUCAGAUACAACUGAAUGAUCUCCUCAUGACCCCCCUGCGUCCUCAUCUUUAGUGGCGCUGUGACCUCCCUAAUCAACCCAGAUCCCAACGGACGGCUAUCUAGGGCAUGAAUAGGAAAGGGCACAUCUACUGGUAGGAGGGGAAUCCCUAACUUAACACAAAAAUUACGAUCAAUAAAAUUCCCAGCUGCGCCUGAAUCGACUAGCGCCUGGGAAUGAGAUGCAACCUGGGGAAAUACUACUUGUAUACACAGGUGAACAACAGAGAGCUCUGGGUGAGUUGGGCGCCUACUCACCUGGAAUGACUCCCCAGUGCGUGACCUGUUGCCUCGAUCCCCUGGAGACCCUCCCCAGCACCGAACCGCAGUGUGUCCUCUACGGCCACAGUUGGUGCAGAGGACGGCCUCCCUCCGGAUCUCUCUCCUCCUCUCUCUAGCGCCAGCACCCCUGAGCUCCAUAGGGCUCGGCUCGGAGGUGCUGGGGAAUGGAAUGGACGGCCCCAACUCCGGACGUCCGCGGGUAGCCAGCAGGGUAUCCAGACGGAUCGACAUGUCCACCAACUGAUCGAAGUUUAGAUUGGUGUCCCUGCAGGCCAACUCUCGUCGAACGUCCUCUCGCAGGCUGCACCGAUAGUGGUUGAUGAGGGCCCUCUCAUUCCACCCCGCAUCCGCCGCUAGAGUCCGGAAGUCCAGGGCGAACUCUUGUGCGCUCCUCUUCCUCUGUCGGAGGUGGAACAGACGCUCCCCCGCCGCUUUACCCUCUGGGGGAUGAUCGAAAACAGCCCUGAAGCGGCGGGAGAACUCUGCGUAGCUGAUGGUGGCGGCGUCUAUUCCCCUCCAUUCGGCAUUGGCCCACUCCAAAGCCUUGCCGGAUAGACAGGAGAUGAGGGCGGAAACGCUCUCGUAUCCCGAGGGCGCCGGGUGUAUGGUUGCCAGGUAGAGUUCCACUUGAAGUAGGAAACCCUGACACCCGGCUGCGGUGCCAUCAUAUGCCCUCGGGAGCGAGAGCCGAAUCCCACUGAACUCCGGAGAUGGUACGAUGGGGCUGGCCGAUGGUGGUGGUAAUGUAGGAGGAGGUGUGGGCAAGCCUCCUCUUUCCCAUCGGCGCAGGGUGUCCAUCACGUCUUGUAUGGCGGAGCCGAGUCUAUGGAUCAUGGCGUCCUGGCUGCUGACCCGAUCCUCCAGUGACUCGGUCACCGCCAUACAGCGGUGAAGUCAGGCGCAGGACACAGAGGAUCAGUAAUGACUACUUUACUUUCCAAAGUAGAAUACGCACAAAACAAAAGCCUGCAAACACAAGAGGAGAAAUGUACGCGGAGUGCGUAAUAAACAAGAUGGUCAAUGCCGAACAUACAUACAAGAGACGCGGACAAUAACACACAAAGGCAAACAUAAAACAAGGGAACUCAUAUGGUACAUAAUCAAUACAGAAUACGAAACAGGUGUACCAACUAGACAAUACAAGACAAACAUCGAAACAUCGAGCGGCAGUAGCUAGUACUCCGGGGACGACGAACGCCGAAGCCUGCCCGAGCAAGGAGGAGGAGCAGCCUCGGCGGCAUCCGUGACACACUAGGCUGUCAUUUGCAAUAAGAUGAUUUAGUAAUCUAUCAACAAUUCAAUAGUGUUGUAAAAUAGCUAGCCAAAUUCUUCCUCCAAAUAAUAUUAUACAGUACAUUCAGAAAGUAAUCAGACCCCCUGACUUUUUCCACAUUUUGUUUUACGUUACAGCCUUAUUCUAAAAUGGAUUCAACUGUUUUUUUCUCUCAUCAAUCUACACACAAUACCCCAUAACGACAAAGCAAAAACAGGUUUAUAGAUUUUUUAGCAAAUGUAUUUAAAAAAAACAACUGAAAUAACACAUUUACAUAAGUAUUCAGAACCUUUACUCAGUACUUUGUUAAAGCACCUUUGGCAGCGAUUACAGCCUCGAGUCUUCUUGGGUAGGACGCUACAAGCUUGGCACACCUGUAUUUGGGGAGUUUCUCCCAUUAUUUUCUGCAGAUCCUCUCAAGCUCUGUCAAGUUGGAGGGGGAGCGUUGCUGCACAGUUAUUUUCAGGUCUGUCCAGAGAUGUUCGAUCGGGUUCAAGUCCGGGCUCUGGCUGGGACACUCAAGGACAUUCAGAGGCUUGUCCUGAAGCCUCUCCUGCGUUGUCUUGGCUGUGUGCUUAGGGUCGUUGUGCUGUUGGAAGGUGAACCUUCACCCCAGUCGGAGGUCCUGAGCGCUCUGGAGCAGGUUUUCAUCAAGGAUUUCUCUGUUCUUUGCGCCAUUCAUCUUUCCCUCGAUCCUGUCUCCCAGUCCCUGCCUCUGAAAAACUUCCCCACAGCAUGAUGCUGCCACCACCAUGCUUCACCGUAGGGAUGGUGCCAGGUUUCCUCCAAACGUGAUGCUUGGCAUUCAGACCAAAGUGUUCAAUCUUUGUUUCAUCAGACCAGAGAAUCUUGUUUCUCAUGGUCUGAGUCCUUUAGUUGCCUUUUGGCAAACUCCAGGUGGGCUGUCAUGUGCCUUUUACUGAGGAGUGGCUUCCGUCUGACCACUCUACCAUAAAUGCCUGGUUGGUGGACUGCUGCAGAGAUGGUUGUCCUUCUGGAAGGUUCUCCCAUCUCCACAGAGGAACUCUGGAGCUUUUUCAUAGUGACAAUCGGGUUCUUGGUCACCUCUCUGACCAAGGCCCUUCUCCCCCGGGCCAGCUCUAGGAAGAGUCUUGGUGGUUCCAAACUUCUUCCAUUUAAGAAUGAUGGAGGCCAUUGUGUUCUUGGGGACCUUCAAUGCUGCAGAAAUGUUUUGGUACCCUUCCCCAGAUCUGUGCCUCGACACAAUCCUGUCUCGGAGCUCUAUGGACAAUUCCUUCAACCUCAUGGCUUGGUUUUUGCUCGGACAUGCACUGUCAACUGUGGGACCUUAUAUAGACAGGUGUGUGCCUUUCCAAAUCAUGUCCAAUCAAUUGAAUUUACCACAGGUGGACUCCAAGUUGUAGAAACAUCUCAAGGAUGAUCAAUGGAAACAGGAUGCACCUGAGCUCAAUUUCGAGUCUCAUAGCAAAGGGUCUGAAUACUUAUGUAAAUAAGGUAUUUCUGUUUUGCCAAAAUAUCUAAAAACCUGUUUUCACUUUGUCAUUAUGGGGUAUUGUGUGUAGAUUGAUUAGAACAUGUUUUUAUUAAAUCCAUUUUAGAAUAAGGCUGUAACGUAACAACAUGUGGAAAAGGUCAAGGGGUUUGAAUACUUUCCGAAUGCACUGUAUACUGUCCUUUUAGUACAUCCUUACUCUAAUCAAGCUUUCAUACUAUAUACUAACAAAAAAUGUAUGCCAUAAAUGUUUCCUAUAUUAACCUAACCGUAAUUACUAUAGUACAAUGCUGGCUGUCGUUAUUAAGUAAGCAGGGAUGAGACCUGACUACCAAGUCCAGACAGAUGGCUGGAAAUUGUUAAUGACAUCUAUUGUGCUUUAUAAACAUUUAAUGUAUGCUAUUGGGAAAAACUCAUUAAUAAAAUAUACAUUUGAUUAUUAUUACAAUAUUUUCUAUGAGGACAACCCUCCACCAAGGGAUGAAAUGGAAUGAGAGGGAAAAUGAGAGAUAACUUGUGGCUCCCCCUCAUGAUUUAUACAGUAAAGAGCAAUUUUGACACCAUUCUCUAUUACAUUUAGAGCCUGAAGGUGGAAUGAAAUAGUUCUUUCUAUCCCCAAAGGCGUUAUGAUGGAAACAGAUUCCUGCUUAGAUCCUGGGAUCCCGGUCAAUGGAAAGCGGCAUGGGAACAAUUUUGCCAUUGGCUCCAGGGUGACAUUCAGCUGUGAUCAAGGCUACACGCUGAGCGAUGUGGAACCCAUCGUGUGUGAGAGGAACCAUCAGUGGAACCACGCACUGCCCAGCUGUGAUGGUAGUGUAUCCCAUCUAGCCCCGCCCAACCCUUCCUUCCAUCCUCUCCUUUUUCCUGUUCCUGUCAGCUGCACUGACAUGCAUGGCAGCACUUACUCAGCCUUCUCCUCACACUCCCCAUCACAUUCACAGAGUGAGAUGUGGGAGACACAACGCCCUGCUAACGAAUCUCUCUCUUAUCUGGGGGAAAGGGUAAGCCUCUUUGACUCCCCUAGGGGGCUGAGUUCAUUAAUUCUUGAUGAGAGGAGAGGUGACUGGAAUAUGCACACUAAGAUAACUUUGGGUGGCAGACAACAGAGAGUCAGAGAGGCAGUAGACAGGGUGGACAUUCUGCAGGAAGACAUUAUUCCAACUGUUUAUCUCAUUUGUUUCCCGCUACUUGGGCUGAAAAUAAACUUGUACAGCAUUUCUUUCCAGUAAGUAGAGUAAAGCGUUUGACCAUCAGGUUUUGUACACCCAAUAUCAUCCUCCAGACAACUAGCUUAUCAGUUGUAUUUUCAAUUCUAGCCAAGUCUGAUUCAGAAUGUGUUCUCUUCUAAAUGUAAUUCUGAGCUUGACCUUCAUGUUCGACAGUGGUGGCAUUUCCAUUCAGAUAUGUGAAAUGUUUGCUGCCGUUGUAUUUGCCUAUUUGUCCCUCUUACUCACUCUAUCAUUUCACAAGGCUGUAGGCAUAUGCAAUAGACAGUUCCUGUUCUAGACAAAGCUGCUAUCUGGUUAUUAAAUAGGAUUUAUCACCCAUUCAUUUCAGGAAGAGAUACAAUGUUUUAUAUUAGAAGGAGGUUACGGCACAAUACUUUUUGGAAAUGGUGAGAAAUAAUGAACAAUCACAGAGCAUAACAUUGAUCAUCCAUCAAUGGUUUGUUCUUGUAGUAUCAUUCUUAGAACCCUCAUUCUUAGAAGUGCAGCAGAAAUGCAUGCUUCACUUCCCGUAGAAAUGUUCCACUAGUCAUGCAUCCUGAGCACCUGUCUCCUCCUGCCCACUGCUGUGUUUAUGGUGGAAGCAGGACUUAAGCUCUUAAGAGCAGGGCCAUCUUUAUGAUCCAUUUCAUUGUGGCAAAGACGAUACUGUAGAUAUGGAUUGUUUACGCCCACAAUUGGUCUUAUCCAUGUCUCAUCAUAAAAAUACUGUGCUGCCUUUGUGGCCUGCUUUGUGAUAUCUAUACCAGAAGUAAUUUGUAAUGAUUUCCAAGGAUCCCUCACUUUGGUGGAAGGUACACCUUGUUUUUCACAAGUACAACAAAAAUAUCUCCCCCUCUUCCUUCCAACAGGAUGAUUCAGACCUCAGUACAUAUGUAGAUGCAUGCUGGGAUAUCAUGCAAUUAUGAGAUUUUAUUUGUCUCACACUCAAAAGAACAAUCUUCGCUGAUUAACUUUCAGUGGUAGCCUUGGGCAUGUAUGAUAACACGCGCAACAUGAGCCCCAUUUAAUCACCAGCAUCUCCAUAGCCAACAGAAUCGGGUAUAAUUGCAAGUGCCAACUCCAUACAUUUGUUCAUGGGAACCUGUGCUAUCUUAGGAAUGUCUACUUCAUUUUUCAGCUAUUUUCAUACCAUUUAACAGAUCCUCACACCAAUUAUAAACACUGAUUGACUUCAACCUCACAGGCUAGAGGUUCUGGACCUCUGUUUGUCUAUUCACAUUUACAUUCAUGCUACAGAUUCCAUGCUUCGCAAACAUGGUAAGAACAAUUAAAGCAUAAUAUUUACAUGGAAGCCAACAUAGAUUAGCAUAUUCCUUUAACUUGUUCUUCCUUUUUUAUUCAUCUCAUAAUUAAGGCAGUGAUAAGUUGUUGUUUCGACGACUCUGCCUGACUGUCUCCACUGACAGGGUCUCUCCUGUCAGAAUUCUGCCUCGGUUAUUACAUUUGCUUUUGAUCUUCCCAGACAGACUCACUAUCAGCAUACAGUAACCCACGUCUUCAUUUUACUCAGCUUUAGUUGGGUAAACUCUGAGGCUUUUAAUCUAGAAACAUGUGUCUACGUCUGUUUUUCACACUGUCAUCAGGUUUGUCUCUACAAAUAACAUGGAGGAGCGACUAAAAGUUUGUUUAGAACAUUUACAAAGUGCAAAAGAGAUUCUCUUACACCCAGGGAUAUUGUUUGCAGGCUCUGACCUAAAUUCUGGUUUCAAACCCACCCGGACUCUUUUUUUAAUUUAGCAAUUUCUUCGAGCAGUUCUCUGCGCUAUUGGCAUACUAAUCAAAAAUCUAAUGAUACGAGCUCAUAGUCGUUUGCAUCUUUAUUUAUUUAAAUGCUGUUAUAAUUAAUUUUUCUUAAAGCCCUGAUUGAUAUGCAAGAAAUUCCAUUAAUUAAUCAUUGAUAAUGUUCAGUUCUCAAUGUUCUCAAUGUAUGGGAGUUCAAAAAACAAUGCCUCAUUCACAAUAUGUUUCAUUUUGUUUCCCUUAGCGUUGUGUGGUGGUUAUAUCUUUGGUAAAAAAGGAACCAUUCUCUCCCCUGGAUUUCCUGAUUUCUACCCAAACUCAUUGAACUGCACAUGGACAAUAGAGGUGUCUCAUGGCAAAGGUAAGACUCAUGAAUAGCUCUCUACCGUAAGAACCAACUAAUCAUUUGUUGCAGCAUUAAGUGAGUAAAAGUGGCUGUGACUAGGCCUACAUCACCCCAUUUGAAUGAUGUAUCUCUACAUUCUCAUCAACAUUAAGCCCCAGCCCUCCCUUAGGGCUGGUGUGACGUAGAGACAGGGUUUUUGAUGUGUGACUUAGGGAGGUCUAAUCUUAUCUGAAUCUCUCCAGGAGUGCAGCUGCUCUUCAACACGUUCCACCUGGAGGACUCCCAUGAUUAUCUCCUCAUCACAGAGGACGGCAGCUUCACAGAACCCGUGGCCAGGCUCACUGGCUCCAUCCUGCCCCCCUCCAUCAAGGCCGGCCUGUUUGGAAACUUUAGCGCCCAGCUCCGCUUCGUCUCAGACUUCUCCAUGUCCUAUGAAGGUUUCAACAUGUCCUUCUCAGGUGGGUUGUCAUGUAUUGUGUAUAAUGUGUAAUUUUAAGAGUUCCUUUCAUGUGAAUUCAAAUAUCUGACGUGACUGCAGUGAUUAGAACACUGUUUUUGAUUGUAAAUGCAAUUGUAAAUGCCAUUGUGUUAGGAUAGAGGACCCAGUGUGGAGCAGUAACAGUUGAGACGUCAGUAGAUCAAAUGCGGAAAUAGGUGGUAUUUAUUUAUAGUGCAGGUGAUGGAGAAGACUGUAUCCAGAGUUGUAUCUACAAAAAUAUACAAACUUUAAACAUGACAAAAAUACUUAAAGGCCCAGUGCAAUCAAUAUUCAGUUUUUCCUGUGUUUUGUUUUAUAUGUGUACAACAGCUGAUGAAACUAACACUGUAAAAUUCAUGGGCAGCGCACAAUUGGCCCAGCGUCGUCCAGGGUAGGGGAGGGAAUGGCCGGCAGGGAUGUAGCUCAGUUGAUAGAGCAUGGCGUUUGCAACGCCAGGGUUGUGGGUUCGAUUCCCACGGGGGGCCAGUAUAAAAAAUUAAUAAAAAAUAUGUAUUCACUAACUGUAAGUCGCUCUGGAUAAGAGCGUCUGCUAAAUGACUAAAAUGUAAUGUAAAUGUAAAAGUGUGGAAAAAAUGUGAUCACUGUUAUUUCUGAUAGUUGCUGGUUGAAAAUACAAUUUAUACAGGACCUUCUAAUCAGCAGGUUUUGCAUGGGUGGAGUUUUGGCUUGCCUGGUGAAUAGACCAAUAACCAAAAUAUAUCCAAACCUCUGCCAAUAGCAGCUAGUUUCAGGUUACAUAUUCCUCCCAUUAGGCUCCUCUGCUUUGAUGGAUUGAUCCACUCUGUGGUUAAGGCAUCCCUUUGGUGCCUUCCCCUCCCCACUCAGACCACUCUGAGACAGUCCUAGCAAAUGUCUUACUUGAGAAAUAGUUCCUUUUUUUUUGCAAAAAUAUUUUUUUUUGUUUAUUUUUGACAAUUUUAAUGGGAAACUAUCACAGUAAGUUACUUAAUUAUUACACAGAAAUUAUUUGAUAUUGAGAUAAAAACGUUUGCACUUGGCCUUUAACUUACUCGGCCAAUAAUAUAAUAACUUGACUCGAAUACAAAGGAAAAAGUUGACAAACAGCCCUCAAUGAGGAUUAGGGAAUCCUAAAUAAUAUCACUUAGCAUAAACCAUUAAAACCUUUAAACAGCUAAAUAACACACUUUAAAGUUAUUACAAUUAACAUUAUAAUGGUCAAAACUUAACACAUUUAUGAAAACAAAUGCACAAUUAGCAUAAACAUUUCCAAUAAACAAUGAAAACACCUGAGAAACCAAAUAACGAGGUUUGCAACCUGUGCCUAUCUUCAACGGCCCGCUCAAAUAGGAGCCAAUUCACAGUGGUGGUGAGUAGAGAACAGGACAGGUUGGCGUUACCAAACAGAGGAAAUACAAACAUUUCAAAAUAAAUAAUAAUAAUAACCAGAUGCUUUGACUGACCAGACUUUGAUUACAAAAUACAUGUAACAGUGUUUGAAGGGACUAGCGAUAGCAUGGUUAGCAAGCAAUGUUCGUACUAGCUGAGAAUUCUCAACUCCACUAUGUUUUUUAUUUUAUUUUAUUUUAAUCAAAUCAAAUCAAAUCACGUCUCAAUGGAGUUGAGUGGCAAUUAGUUUUGGCAGAGUGUACCUCUGACUACAUCGAGUCAGUAUCAGAUGAAACUUGUAAAAAUGUCCAUUCUUUAAUGCAUACCUUGUACCUAUGUUUGUCGUGUAAAGGCAUUAUUUUCUUUAUGUGCAGCAGUCUGUCGUUUUUUAUAAAAACUUCAUUCUGUGAAAUUGAACAAUGUAAUCCACUGUUUUCCAGUGGAGUAUGAAGUUAGCGACUUCAAACGUGCACUACCACUUGAUACUUGUAUAAAUAUAAAUAGUUUAACACUUACUGUGAACCUGUGCGUAUUCAGGCACCUAACACUAUUGUUUGAUUAGCUGAGAUGGAGUUUGCAAACGAAAUGGGCACUAGAUUGAUGCAAAUAAUCAUGACAUCAUUCUGACAGGUAGGCACAGGCUACUUUGUAUCUAGUUAACAUUUAGUAGAGAAGGCUUUUGGCAAAGCCUUUCCAUCUACCAGAAGACGGUUAGGUCUAUCAUUAGCAUCUCUAUUUUUCCUGUUCCUUCAUUGUUUGAAACCUGGACGUUUUACUUCAUAUUAUGAGGCAUGUCUGUCUUACCUUGCUUUAAAGUAGCCUAUAGUCAAAAACCCACCAUAGAAACGUGGAGGCAAUUAUUUUUCAUAAAGACAUACUCAUUAUGCGUUCUCCUGUUCUAUUGGUUUUCUUUAAACUUUCUUUCAUUGUCUAGCAGCCAAGGGCAUUAUCCUAAUCAGUGGCGGCUCCUGAAAAAAUUCUCAGGGGGGGCAAUUUUUCUGAUGAUUUAGGUGACCUACACACAUUUAAAAAAAGAUAUGUCCAGCAACAACAUGAAGACAGGGGCAGCAUAUAAGUCAAUACCAGAAGCAUUUAUUGACUGAUCUCAAAAGUGUUGGCUUACCAGGGUUGGUGGAGCCCUCAGUUUCAUCUUUGCCUCGCAAAGCUAACUCAAACACUCCGCAAAACUUCACACACUGGAUUAGCCGGCUGAGGAUGUGGCGGUUCUUGCUAAUGUCGUAGUAAAUAUAUUUGUUAUAGUGAAUAUGGAAUAUGAUAUGUUGAGUAAAAUGUUGUGCUAAGAUCUAUUUAGGUCAGGAGCUGGUUAUAAGUUCUGUUCCUAUCCAAUAACAAUGGACAAAAGGGUCCUAUCUUGUCAGCCUUGUCAGUUUCAGUUCUCCAGUAAACUUGUGAUUAUCAACACUAACCUCAUCGUUGUGGCGGCGGACAGCUAGCCUGUAUCCCUCAUCCAGUUGAGUGGGAAUGUUCACUCUCCCCAAAGCAGACAAUCUCAAACAGCUAUCCAUGUGGGUCUUUGACAGCUCAUGUUUCUUAAUCUUUCCUGAAAGAUGGUGCAUGUCCGUUACACACCAGUCGCUGUCCAAGCGGUGCUGUCUGCCGUGCCGCCUUCAGGGUGAAAGAGUAAGCAGGGGGUAGCAGAAGACUGCAUUAGCUACAUCGCAGCCUGCUAGCCAGGUUUUUCGUUCGUACCAAUUUUUGGAAAAUCCUCGGGUGUAGGACUUCCCCCCUUUAGUAGAAACCUGUUGAAUUAUUAAAUUUGGUCUGGGAGGUCCUAAUUGUUUCGUUGCCAAUUUAUCUUCAUUUGUUUGCCGACAAAAAGGAACUUCUUUCAAAGACACAAUCGAGUUGCACUGAAGCCUAGCCAUUUUGAUAGUAGUAGUGAAUUGAUUGACGAGGCUACCCGCUCUUUUCUUAGUUACGUUCAUGGUUAUGUUACGUAUGACGAAAGCGCGUAAGUGCAAGCCCUCAGAAACCCAUAGAGAUUGUAUUGAAAGCUCUGAUAUUUGAAAAAAAUAGAUUUUACAUGGGAGUCUAUGACAGACUUCUGGGCGAUUUUCAACCUGACUGAAAUCGCCCCAAAAGGGGGGGGGGCCAUUUGAAGCACGACUUUAGCCUGAUUGGACAUUUAGUGGCACUGUGGCAGAUCAGACGUCUAGAUUACAACACUGAUAACUACUGUUGCCGUGAUAUAAUUGAUUAGAAAAAAAAUCCCUUCCUUUUCCCGUUUGGCAGUGCGUCGCCCAUAUCGCCCUAUUGAACACACCUCCCCUGAUCCUAAUCAUAUUAGCAACCCAUGAUAGUUGUUGCAUCUUUAAACCCUCCCUAUUUCUGUCCAUGAAACCGCUUGCAUGAGCGGUGCACGUUUUAGAACGCUGUUUUCCCGCAAAUUGCAUGUUGGAACAUUCAAGUGUAGGCCAACUGCCGUGUGUAUAUUGCUGCGCCUAAAAUGUAAAGAAAUAAUGAAAAAUAAGUGGGUAUACCCUCCACUACACCACUGCCUGCGUGGUUCUGGUACCGGUUCCAACUGACCUUUACGAUGUGAAAUCUGAAACCAAUUGAAGCUGGGAUUUCCCUCCUACCAUUUCAUUCGCUCUUCAGACUGUCCAUCAACUCCUGGCUCGCUCCCUAAUUCACAGCCACUGACAAAGCACAUGCCUACGAUCCUUACAUCGUAGCACAGCAGGAGAGAGUGGUUUCAUCACUAUCGCACAUUCAGAGACUGAUUUAUAGCCAUGAAUCUAAAAUAAUAGAUUUUAAACAACAAAACACUUUCUGUUUGUCAUAGAUGGACAAUAUUAAUAUGAGAUGAAAGGCGAGUUCCUAAUGAGUUCAGGAAGCCAGGCUAGAGCUCUGUGUGACGUUCACAAAGGUGGGGGUAUAUGUUUUUAUCAAGAGAGACCUUUAGAAAAUAUGCAGAUUUUCUCUAACUCUAAACAUACAAAUAUGUAUUUUACAGUUAUAAGGAAGGUGAAUUAUUUUAGUUAGCUUUUUUUAUUUUAUUGUACUAUAUUUAGAAAGCAUAUGUCAUUUCAAGCCUUAUUCAUACAGUUUUGUUGAAUACCAAAUACAUCAUAUAGAAUAUUUCAUAUUUUCAUAUUUGUAUCAAAUUUUCACUGUGUACUUGAGCUUGUGUCUUUAAAAGUGACUACACCUCAGCAAUUGAUAACUAUUUUUAUCAAAAAGGUGAGAUGUUAACCUUUUUUAGAGUAUGCAGCAUUACUAGUUAUUGUUUAUGGUCCUCUCAUGAUACAGUAAAUAAUUACUUUCGGGGAUUACGUAGAUUACAUUUUAGAUUACUUUAAAUUCUGGUCGUUUUUUACCACAUAACUAUAAAAAAAGAUAUAUUUCAAUUCUAAAAACUAAAUGAUACUACAAUCAAAUGAUGGUAAAUUUGCAUUUUAGUACUAAUGUGGAUUGUACUAAAGCUGCACAUGAUAUAAUAUUUUUGUUUUAUAGGAUAUGCAAAAAAACUGUAAUUUUGCUAAAAUAACAGUCUGUUUUGGUAAAUGUAUAUUUCAGAUAACAUUAUUUACAUGAUAAAAAUAUAUUUUGAUAAGAAGUAAGUUGAUAUUUUGCGAUGAUUGUUGCUUUUUCCAAUAGUUUCUGGUGCCAAAAUGACCCCAGUUGGUAAUCCAUGUAUGUAAAAUACUGUAUGUUGGUAGUUUGAGGGUUAAUAAACAUGUUGGCAUAUUCCACAGAGUACAGCCUAGAGCCUUGUGAAGAUCCAGGAGUGCCAGCCUACAGCCGGCGAGUUGGUUUCCAGUUUGAGGUGGGGGACUCACUCAUUUUUUCCUGCUUCCCGGGUUAUCGAUUGGAGGGGGACCACAAGAUCACCUGCCUGGGGGGAGGCCGGAGGGUCUGGAGUGGAGCCCUGCCAAGGUGUGUGGGUAGGUGGACACAUGCUUUCAUUUCAUUUGGACAAACUGUGAAUACUUAUACUUUGAAAAAACGUGUACUGUACUUUACCAAUGACAGGAGAAUGAGCUAUACCGAACAUACAGUGUAAUGCAAGUGAAUGAGCUAGUUUCUAAUGGAUUGUUUGAUUUACCUCAAUUUCAGAAAAAAGGUAAAAAGGUUAAUUUACAAUUUCAAGAAUAUAACUCAGCUGGUCCCUAUUGUCAAUUAAGUUAUCUUUUAUGGGCAGAGCAUGAAACCAGGGCAAAGUUUGGACACAGUUAUACACAUAUCAUAUAUAUUGUGCUAAGAGAUGAUCUGCCUGUCAUUUUGACAUCCCCUACAAAGAACCUUGUGCUUUCCCAUAAAAAGUUCAGUAGAGAAAAUUAGGCAAUCACCCCACGAGAACCGAACUCGAGAUCAAGCUCACACAGCUCAAGUUCUACAGGCAACAUCUGCUUCUAUACCUGAGGAACAACAUCAGAAUAUUAACUACAAGGACAUCCAAUUCCAGCACAGCCCUGAGACUUAGUGACUAACACACACUUAAUGCAGAGAGCUGUUCAUUAAUUAAUAUUCCUCUCAAGUUUCUGUUGUUGCGAUUCAUCAAUAUGCGAAUGGGUCAUAUUCCAACAGGGGCAACACCUGAUUGGCCAUCAGUGGGUAACAGAGUAGCAGCUGCUGAAGUAUUCUGGGUUCAACCUGCUGAAUAUUUGUGGUGAACUCUUCUCUUUGGGUUAAACUGCUCCUUUAAUGCCCCUCUUCAGUUUCAUUACAUUUACAUUUACAUUUUAGUCAUUUAGCAGACGCUCUUAUCCAGAGCGACUUACAGUUAGUGAAUACAUAUUUUUUUAUUUUUUUUAUUUUUAUUUUUUUAUACUGGCCCCCCGUGGGAAUCGAACCCACAACCCUGGCGUUGCAAACGCCAUGCUCUAUCAACAUCCCUGCCGGCCAUUCCCUCCCCUACCCUGGACGACGCUGGGCCAAUUGUGCGCCGCCCAUGAGUCUCCCGGUCGCGGCCGGCUGCGACAGAGCCUGGAUUCGAACCAGGAUCUCUAGUGACACAGUUAACACUGCGAUGCAGUGUCUUAGACCACUGCGCCACUCAGCGCCACUCAGGAGACGCCACUUCAUGACCGCCAGAUAUUAAUUUUCUCACAGGUCUUCUCGCUCUCUCUCUCUCAUUGUGUGGAAUGAGCAGCUUCUAGUGUGUAGGGAAAUUUGACAGUUCUCUAAAGAUAAUCAAGAUAUUUUUCUUACUUCAAACACAGAUUGCCAUGAUAUGUCUUAAUAUCAAAUUCUCUCCAUUCCUCUCUCUCUCUCUCUCUCUCUCUCUCUCUCUCUCUCUCUCUCUCUCUCUCUCUCUCUCUCUCUCUCUCUCUCUCUCUCUCUCUCUCUCUCUCUCUGCCUAGCUGAAUGUGGAGCCACUACCAUUGGGAGUGAGGGGGUUCUGCUAUCACCCAAUUACCCAUCCAAUUAUGACAAUAACCAUGAGUGCAUUUACCGCAUUGAGACGGAGACAGGGAAGGGCAUCCGUGUCACAGCCACUAACUUCCAGCUCCAUGAGGGGGAUUACCUGAAGGUGAGUUUCACACACACUCUACACAUCACUCAUACACUACACUGGAUAUUUACUCUGUUUAUGUUACACAUAAAUACUGCCCCACGCAUAACCCUCUUACUGCAAGGUGUGUAAAUGGGUAAUAAAGGGCUCAAUGUGGGACUUUUUCACUGCAUCAUCAACUCUUUGAAUGCAGUUGGAAUAUGACCCAAUGUAACCUGUAGGAGACCAGAGCUAGUGACUCAGUCAGAUCAUGAACUAUUAAUGCCUUCAUUAAAAUGACAUGAUGCCAGAGCUUGAGGCAUAUAGAGCACCGUGAGACAAAUACAUUUUUAACAAUCCCUAAAGACCACUAAUUAUACAUAUAUGUUAUUGAAAACAAGAGAGAAUAUGUGUUCUCUUUGAGAGUAACAUCAUAUGAGAAAUCUGAAAUGCCUGUGCAUGUGGCCUGUACAAUGAAAUGUUUUUGUUAAUAUUUUAUCAUACAUUCUGUGCAUCUAAUAGCCAAUAAUUGAGGAAGUGGAAAGGGAUUUAGGAAAGAUUGUUUAUCCUAAUGGCAAGGUUCUUGAUUGAAAGAAUACAUUUAAAGUUUUAUACCCACUGUUUCCCAUUCUACUGCUAUCUAAUGUACAGAAGUGUCACUGCUUAUUGCUGUGAAAAGCAAAGAAACAUGUCUGUUGUUCAAGCAUUCUCCGACCUCCUGCAUUGUUUGCCAUUGUGUUUCCCUUAUUAUAAUGAUUUUGCAGAGACUGAAGGAUUCCCUAUAAUGUUACAAAUCUAAUGUUUCAGUUCUUACAUUUUGUUCUUCCAAAUUAAUUGUCUUUAAUGUUAUAAAUUGAUUGGUCUUUAAACUUUCUUCAGCAUGGGAAAUGCUCAGUCAAACACAGGAAAAUGUAACCAUCACAUUGUAAAGAUAUUUUCUUCUCAUUUUGGUCUUGAAUUAUGUGACCCAGCCUACUAUUCUGCUCAGGGUUGAAACAAUGUUAACUGCGUUAGAAAAUCGGAAAACUGACAUUGAUUUAUGAUGACCUCUGCCAUUUGUUUUAUUAAACAGCAACAGUAUGUUAUUUGGAAAAGGCACCCUUCUGGUUUCCCCGCAUGAACAUUGUCUUGAUCACUGUCCUUUGGAUGGCCCACUUUUUAAUGAUUCUUCCUUUGUGUAUGUAUUCAUAGUAUGUAUGUACAAUAUGGAUCUGCCUAUCGGCUCUUUAUUAUUUUCUUGAUUGAUUGAAUGCUAACUGCUCACUCAAACUACUCGCGCUGCCAUUGUGAAUAAUGUAACUGUACUGCAAGAGGCUGCAUACUGUACAGUCAAGAUGCGAAUUACGGGGGAGCCAGCGGGAACUCAGCUCCCCUGAAUGAGACGUUAGCUUCCCUAAAUGCAACAAAAGUCCAACUUUGGGGGGUCUCUAAAUAAUGCUAAUUUAACCAUCCUCCUAUUUGUUUAAAAUGUAGUGGAAAUAUGAAAAGCUUCUAAAUUAAACGAACACUCCCACCUCUCUGUCAUCGUUUAAACCAUUUAUUUCUAUGUGGUGGCGCUGUCCACUCAGUAGUGUUGAAUUUCGGCCUCAGCUGAGCUCCUUUACGCAUAGAUUUUCCUUUGUACUUCCUCAUUUUCGCCAUUUGUUUGCCAUACGUCCUUGAUAAAAAUAGCCUUUAUUCCAAUGCAUUAUAUUUAUCCAUUGAUUUAUCAUUAUUUGCUUGUGUCAAUCAGCUGUUUAGAGCGCUCAUUGCGUUGUUUUUCAGGUGCGUGCGGGUACUGGUGUUCUCCGUGCCAUCUUUGGCUAGAAGUAGUAGACCAUUUAUUUAGCUUUAUUAUUUUCUAUCAAUAUUUGUUUUCUUUCCUGGAUCAGCUGAUGAUGGUCGACAAUAUCACUAGACAACUAGCCUAAAGCUAGACCCCAAUGCGCAUCCAAUCCAUCCAACAAGUAGGCUGGCUAUAUACGUUAAUGACAGUAGGCCUAUAAGGUGACUCGGUUAGAAGAGGUUAACGUUCGGUUAGAAGUAUUCGAUUUUGCAACGGCAUAGGCCUACAUUAUUUUGGAUUUGUGUGCCCAUGGGAGCUGUUUUCACGGCGAAAUAUAAUUAAAUGUGACGUAGGCAUAGUAACACUUACAGUGCAUUCUCCAAGAUCCAUGAUUCGUACAAGGUUUAAGUUACAUUUUCUAAUUCAAUUGUUAAAUGCUUAAUAAUUACAAAUAACACUGUCAUAAAUGUAAUUAAUGUAAGAAAAUAAAUGUAGUGAUUUACAGUAGGUCACACGAUCUGUGAAGACUAAGCGUUCACUCAUGAAUUAUGGACAACUCAUGAACUAGGGUGUAAAACAUGUUUUGAUUAAACUCAGGUAUUUUAUCGAAUGUAGGCUACCUGUUCUGUGUGUAUUCAUGUAUGGUAAAUUGUCUCGGCUGAGAGGGUAGGCUACCGGGGGUGGUGUAGGCCUAGUGGAGGGUAAACGCUGUUUACCCAGAUUUUCUGAAAAAUGCAUUGAAAGUAUAGGGAGUGUUACUUAUUUAUUUACAGUGACCGGUAAUCAGAGUUUACCUACCUAUUUUUUAUACCACUUUUAUCACUGGCUACUGGUAGGCCUUUUUGAAGUUCAUUGUAAUACACAUUGUAGCCUAGUCUAGUAAGUUGACCUUGUGUGUUAGGGUGACCGUCCCAUUUUUCCCGGGACAAAUUUCAGCCCAUUUCAGGUGUCCGACAUUUUAGGCUACAAAAAAGGUAAAUGUGUCAACAAGACGCAUCAAUUAAUGAAGGCCUAAUCAAUGACAAUCACUGAAUGUCAUUAGGCACACUUUUUGGUGUUUUGUAACAGAUGUCCAUUUCCAUUCAUCAAAUAGCGCGAGUAUACAUGCAGUUCCUAUUAAAUAGCACGCUAUUGUGGUCCUCUGUAGCUCAGUUGGUAGAGCAUGGAUAGUGGGUUCAAUUCCGGGGACCACCCAUAUGUAAAAAAUAAAAAUAAAAAAAGCACAUGAUUGACUGUAAGUCGCUUUGGAUAAAAGCGUCUGGUAAAUAUAUAUGUUAUUAUGGUAACGAUUUACUUUGACUAUAUAUCCAUAACGCAUUUAUUACACAUCUAUAAGCAUUUCAUGAACUUGUUAUAAUAGGUCCCAACUGCAUUAUUAAAGGUUAAUUAAAUAUAUCCAUGACAUAUCUAUAGUACAUUCAUGUCAUGCUCUGCAAGAGCUCAUAUUUAGGUAUCUUAAUAGAUGCAUCAUUACAAUGACAGCAUAGUGUCAUCAUUAUUGCUGUUCUCAAAAGUGUGCUUCUCUCAUACCAGUGGUAGGGAAUAUGCCAAAAGGCCAAACAACGUUUAGAAAGUUAUGCUGAUAUAUAGCCUGUACUAGCCCCAUUUCCCCACCAGCCAUUAUAGGCCUGUGACUUAUGUUCUUCUUCUUCUCAGUGAGGUCAAUGGUGCUUGAUGAUCUCCACAGGGUUGAAACCUCAUGGUAAAUUCUACGUACCAAAUCGUGUAGUUGAGGAUCAUAACUCUUUCGUAAUUGAUUAACAGCCCUCCUCCACAUCACAAUUAGGCCUAAGUUGGUCAUACAGGUCUAUUACGCACACAUGAAGGGUAUAUGUAUGAAUUAUAUGCAGUCAAAGUAAAGUCAAAUCUAUUUUCCCAUUCAUAAAGCAUUUAUAGCUAAGCACUUCUUGGUAAUUAACUGAGCAGUUUGCCAUCUGAUCUAAAACACCAACUUUAAAGGUCUAUGUAUGAAUUCUAUGCAGUCAACAUACUGUCAUUUCUAUUUUCCCAUUCAUAAAGCAUUUAUAAAGCAUUUUGAAACAUGCCUCACUUAUAAAAAAUUAUACGGACACAACGUGAAUGUUAAAGGAAAUAUGAACUUUUAUUUUUUCAAUUUUCCAGACGUAAGACAGAAAACAAUUGCUGAGGACAUCGCCAAAAAAUCAUGCUAUUGGCAUUUUUCAGUUUGAAUUUUCUUGAAUAGAUUUAACAAAGAUUCAAAUUCAAGCAUUCAAGUUCAAUUCCCCAUAAAUGCUUAGCUAUAAAUGCUUUAUGAAUGGGAAAAUAGAUUUGACUUUACUUUGACUGCAUAUAAUUCAUUAAUAGACCCUUCAUGUGUGAGUUAUAUAGACCAGUAUGACCAACUGCAUUGUGAUGUGGAGGAGGGCUGUUAAAGAGUUACGAAAGAGUUAUGACCAUCAACUACACAAUUUGAUCCGUAAAAGUUACCCUGAGGAUUCAACCCUGUGGGGACCCCAUACACUAUUGACCUCAGUGAGAGUAUGGGUGGUCCUCUGUAGCUCAGCUGGUAGAGCACGGCGCUUGUAACGCCAAGGUAGUGGGUUCGAUCCCCGGGACCACCCAUACACAAAAAAAAAAAAAUGUAUGCCACGCAUGACUGUAAGUCGCUUUGGAUAAAAGCGUCUGCUAAAUGGCAUAUUAUUAUUAUUUAUUUUAUUAAGAAGAAGAAGAGGGUAAGUCACGGGGCCUCCCCUGGCUUGUGGGGGAAAUGGGGCUAAUACAGGCUAUGUAUGUAUAUAUAUAUAUUAUAUAUAUAUAUAUAUAGAUAUAUAUUAUAUAUAUAUAUAUAUAUAUAUAUUAUAUAUAUGUGUGUAUAUAUAUAUAUAUAUAUUAUAUAUAUAUAUAUAUAUAUAUAUAUAUAUAAUAUAUAUAUAUAUCAGCAUAAUUUUCUAAACGUGGUAUGGCAGAAGCAAACUUUUGAGAACAGACAUUAUAAUGACACUAAGCUCUAAUUGUAUUGAUGCAUCUAUUAAGAUACCUAAAUAUGAGCUCUUGCAUAGCAUGACAUGAAUGCGCUAUAGAUAUGCUAUGGCUAUAUUUCAUUAAUUAACCUUUAAUAAUGCGAUUAGGACCUGUUAUAACACGUUCAUGAAAUGCUUAUAGAUGUGUAAUCAAUGCGUUAUGGAUAUAUAGUCAAAGUAAAUCGUUACUGUUAUUAUUUAUAUUAUUAUUAUUAUUAUAUUCCCUUGAAUAUUAAUAGUAUUUUGAGAAACCUGUGCAUUAUAGUGUUGUUCCUUCAUCAACAGGUGUAUGACGGAAAGGAUACUUCACAUCGUCUUCUUGGCAAUUUCUCAAAAACUGACAUGUACAAUGCCAUCAUCAACAGUACCUCAAAUCACCUCUGGAUUGAGUUCAACAGCAACGGCACUGAAACCAACAAGGGAUUCAGACUGACGUACAGCAGUAAGUAGACUAUGUCCUAGAACAAAUGUGAGACAGCCUCUAUAGAUAUUCCCUGAUUCAUGUUCAAAUAGGCUUUACUAAGAAACUGGCCCCCUCAAGAAUAAACCAAUUUCCAAUUCUAAGCUUACACCGAUAACAAAUAGGCCUCGUAUUGUAUCUUUAGUCCUUGUUUACUUGCCCUAUAUGAACAGUGUUAUCUUUCACAUUAGUUGAAGGUGGUCUGAUGGACAACCUCUGCAGGUCAAGGCACAAAUGUAUCUUGUUUGAAGAAUGUAUAUAUUUUGUAAGUAAGUACAAUACCGUGAAUUUCUCAUGAGAGAGUCUAGUUUAAGAUGGUAAACAAAAUAAUCUAUAAUGCCAGUGAGAGUUGCAGUUGUGUGUUGUGCGUUGAGACAGAUAUACACUACCGGUCAAAAGUUUUAGAACACCUACUCAUUCAAGGGUCUGGAGAUACCGAGUGGAUAGAGGCAUUUUCGACAUGUUCCCCCUAUUUUCAGCUUCUACAUUGUAGAAUGAGAGUGAAGACAUCAAAACUAUGAAAUAACACAUAUGGAAUCAUGUAGUAACCAAAAAAGUGUUAAACAAAUCCAAAUAUAUUUUAUAUUUGAAAUUCUUCAAAUAGCCACCCUUUGCCUUGAUGACAGCUUUGCGCACUCUUGGCAUUCUCUCAACCAGCUUCACCUGGAAUGCUUUUCCAACAGUCUUGAAGGACUUCCCACAUAUGCUGAGCACUUGCUGGCUGCUUUUCCUUCACUCUGCGGUCCGACUCAUCCCAAACCAUCUCAAUUUGGUUGAGGUCGGGGGAUUGUGGAGGCCAAGUCAUCUGAUGCAACACUCCAUCACUCUCCUGCUUGGUAAAAUAGCCCUUACACAGCCUGGAGGUGUGUUGGGUCAUUGUCCUGUUGAAAAACAAAUGAUAGUCCCACUAAGCCCAAACCAGAUGGGAUCGUGUAUUGCUGCAGAAUGCUGUGGUAGCCGUGUUGGUUAAGUGUGCCUUGAAUUCUAAAUAAAUCAAAGACAGUGUCACCAGCAAAGCACCCCCACACCAUAACACCUCCUCCUCCAUGCUUUACGGUGGGAAAUACACAUGUGGAGAUCAUCCGUUCACCCACACCGCGUCUCACAAAGGCACGGCGGUUGGAACCAAAAAUCUCCAAUUUGGACUCCAGACCAAAGGACAAAUUUCCACCGGUCUAAUGUCCAUUGCUCGUGUUUCUUGGCCCAAGCAAGUCUCUUCUUCUUAUUGGUGUCCUUUAGUAGUGGUUUCUUUGCAGCAAUUCGACCAUGAAGGCCUGAUUCACACAGUCUCCUCUGAACAGUUGAUGUUGAGAUGUGUCUGUUACUUGAACUCUGGGAAGCAUUUAUUUGGGCUGCAAUUUCUGAGGCUGGUAACUCUAAUGAACUUUUCCUCUGCAGCAGAGCUAACUCUGGGUCUUCCAUUCCUGUGGCGGUCCUCAUGAGAGCCAGUUUCAUCAUAGCGCUUGAUGGUAUUUGCGACUGCACUUGAAGAAAUGUUCAAAGUUCUUCAAAUGUUCUGUAUUGACUGACCUUCAUGUCUUAAAGUAAUGAUGGAGUGUUGUUUCUCUUUGCUUAUUUGAGCUGUUCUUGCCAUAAUAUGGACUUGGUCAUUUACCAAAUAGGGCUAUCUUUUGUAUACCCCCCUACCUUGUAACAACACAACUGAUUGGCUCAAAUGCAUUAAGAAGGAAAGAAAUACCACAAAUUAACUUUUAAGAAGGCACACCUGUUAAUUAAAAUGCAUUCCAGGUGACUACCUCAUGAAGCUGGUUGAGAGAAUGCCAAGAGUGUGCAAAGCUAUACAAUUAUAAAAUAUAUUUUGAUUUGUUUAACACUUUUUUGGUUACUACAUGAUUCCAUAUGUGUUAUUUCAUAGUUUUGGUGUCUUCACUAUUAUUCUACAAUGUAGAAAAUAGUAAAAAUAAAGAAAAACCCUUGAAUGAGUAGGUGUGUCCAAGCUUUUGACCGCUAGUGUAGGUGCUACCAUUCAUUCUACAGUAACCUUAAACUACAAUAUUGCAUGCUCUAGGCUGAUGUAUGAAAAGCAUCGCUAAUAUAAAGUCAAACUAGAAUGCUUGAAGCAGCUUGCUUCAUUUCACUGGACAGAUUUAUUUUUUAUUGUUCAACCUUUGUCAUUAAUGAAAAUAAAUGAAUGUUUGUUAUGUUUGAAUGGGCUAAAGUCUCAAGUCUGUCGUUGUAGGUUUUGACCUUGUCAAGUGUGAAGAACCAGGAACUCCGAAUUAUGGAUACAAAAUUCAAGAUGACGGCCAUUUUGCAAACACAUUUGUGUUGUACAGUUGUAACCCUGGCUAUACUCUCCAUGGAAGCAGCACUCUGACAUGCCUAAGUGGAGACCGUAGGGUUUGGGACAAACCUUUACCUUCCUGUCUAGGUGAGUGAGUCACUGCCGAAAAUAGACAAAUCUCAUCAUCAAGGAUACAUUUCCUGAUUAUGGCGAAACACUUUCCAUUCCUAAGUAACAUUUUGUUUACAUUUUAAUUACCAUGGUAAUGGUCAUGUUCAAGAUGCCCAUAUUAAAGGAUUCAUUUUCAUCUGGUGCGUUUGAAAAUAUUAUACAAUUUUACCAGUCAACAUGGAAUUUGUUGUGUUGUCUGCAUUCUGUUCCACUGUUAUUAAUAUCGUAUUGAUUCCAUUAAAUUACCAGCUUUGCCAGUUACGCUCUCUCAGGCUAACUACGAGUCAAACCCUGGGCUAACAUGCUGUCAUUUAUAUUAUACUUUAAUAGUUACGCUAGUUAACAGCUAUGAACAUUUAUCCCCUAAUGCUGGCUAUAUUAUUGCCCCUAAAGCUAUAGAAACCUUGUGUGUCUCCCUCUUAAUUGAAGUAUGGACAGUCUGAGCUUUCUGUGCUGGAGAGAACUGAUACAUUACACUGUCAUUCUUCAGCCUCAUUCCUUAAUUAGCCUAGCUCGGUUCAGACACAUUUCCAUACAGCUGAAAAGUAGCAUGGAAAAUAGAUGACAUUGCCUUAGGCUGCCAUUGUAUUUUUUAUUUCCUUUGAACGAAGCAACAUACUAGGGAUAUCCUCUCCUCUUUUUCUGUGUUGUCAGCGGUCACUAAAAUAAUACACAUGUAUGUGGAGAAGCUUGAGAACAUAUUUGAUUCUUUCAAGUGCAUGUAAUGAUGUGAUGUAUUAUAUGAUGUUUAUACAUUCAGCUGGUUGAUGCCAGAGAGAGAAUCCAGCCUAAGGUGCAUCAGCUAAGGCUUAUUUAGUCGGAUUUCUAUUGUCUAUUGCCGUUUUGGUUUCCUUAUCUAGCUGAAUGCGGAGGCCACAUCGCAGGUGCAAUAUCUGGACGGAUACUCUCCCCGGGUUACCCUGCACCCUACGACAACAACCUCCACUGUACCUGGUCUAUCGAAGCGGACACAGGCAAGACCAUCAGGUACAGUAUCUCACAAUAGGGACACACCCCCUUGGAAUAGGCAAUUAGAUACACAAUAACCCAAUUUUUCUUGACUCCAUUUAAAUGUGAAAUGAAAUCAGCUAGUUUAUUGUGAGGCGUGUCUAGUAUAGCGGAGCAAUUGUUCUGCUGCACUUUUGGAAAAUAAGCUGUGAUUAAAUGUGCCAUUGCUGAUUGCAUUUCACCCCACUGCUAGGCCUUCCUUUACAUUAGCAUUUAUUCCUUCAGGUCCAUUACUGGCUUCUUAAAAACAAAACAAUAACCCCCAAAGAUAAACCAAUUAUGCCUGCUUGAAAUGCCAUUGAAAUCAGAUAUGCCAAUUCAGUUCAAGCAAUUUACGGAUCAAGGAGGAGAGAUACAAUUGACAUCACUGGCUAUUAGACUUUUUAAAGGAAAACUUCUGAAACCCGAACUCUUUAAAGAGUAUUUUAAAUAAAUCCCACGGCACUUGUCUUUUCCUACUAGCACUGACUUUGCUGAGAACUACUUUGUUAAGGGAAAAUGUACUUGCUACGAUUGUGAUAUGUUGUUGUCUCACCUUUAUGAAUGCACUAAUUAAAGUCACUCUGGAUAGGAGCGUCUGCUAAAUGAAUAAAAAUGUAAAAAUCAAAGGAAUUCAUCCUCUCCCUAGUUAUUGCUAAAAAUAAUUGAAACAUUGCUUAAAUGGUUUGGUGAGCAAGAACGAUCUGAUAUAGAUGUUUCAUCGGUCUGAGACAUUACUUGAGAACUGGUUCUAUAGAAUUCCAAUGAUAUUUUCUUAUUACAAGUCAGUAGUUACCCUUGGUCAGUUGAUUUAUGGAGUAUUGUUGACUGUAUAGGUGUUUGUCACAGAUGUAAACCAAUGGUAAGACCGGACUUCAGUAUGAAAGGUUCUAAUUCUUGAAGAGGUGCAUAGUGUAUAAUCAAUAUGCAAGCAGUAGAAUCAGAUUUAAAAAAACAGGUAAAAAUACACCUUAUGGAACAACGGGGACUGUGAAGAGACACACACAAAGGUACAGACACAUGCAUACGCAUACAUUGUAAUAUUGUUGUAUGGUGGUAUUAUACAUUUUGUAUUGUACAUUUUGUAUUGUAGAUAUGUAGUGGUGUAAUAAUGUUAUAUGAUGUACUGUUUUAUCUUUUGUUUUAUAUGUAAUGUAAGUGCUUUAAUAUGUUUGGACCCCAGGAAGAGUAGCUGCUGCCUUAGCAACAGCUAAUGGGGAUACCUAAUAAAUACAAAAAUACAAAUACAAAUAUCCCCCUCCCUCUCUCUAUUUAGUCUCCACUUCAUAGUGUUUGACACGGAAGUGGCUCAUGACAUUCUGAAGGUGUGGGAUGGUCCAACAGAGGGGGGUAUCCUCUUGAAGGAAUGGAGUGGGUCAGCUCUGCCCGAAGACACCCAUAGCACCUUCAACAUCCUAACGCUCCAGUUUGACAGUGAUUACUUCAUCAGCAAGUCAGGCUUCUCCAUUCAGUUCUCAAGUAAGUAGUACCUGUCACAAUGGACCAGAGGAAUUCGGAUAUGACAUUCUAUUCAGUAGCUUUUCAGACAAAGGCUACAGGAUGUUUCUUGACAUUUCCCUCUCUCUAUCCUACUCUGGGCCAUGUAUAAAUCACUGUUAUGACAAAUCAUUUUGACAAAUAAGUAUUUCAUACAAAUGUAAAUGAAAUUGAGCAUUGCAUUUGCAUAUAAAUGGCAAAUAUUUUCUGGAAAUAUGAUUUAAAAGACAAUUAGUCUCCACAAAUCAGUUUGCUGCCAGUCCAAUGAUUUCAACACAUCAAAUUAAGCUUAUAUCAUUAUCAGCCUUUGGCUAAAAAACAUGAGAGUUGUAUGAUUUAAAACCGUCCUGUCAAAAUGUCAGCAUUUGUCUCAUGUUUAUAAGUGAUUCAUUUGUGUGAUUUCAGCUACUACUGCGACGACCUGUAAUGACCCCGGGACACCCCAGAAUGGGACGCGUUACGGGGAUAGUCGGGAGCCUGGGGACACUAUCACCUUCCAGUGUGACCCAGGUUACCAGGUCCAGGGCCUAGACAAGAUCACCUGUGUACAGCUCAAUAACAGGUUCUAUUGGCAGCCAGACCCUCCUACCUGUAUAGGUAUGUUGCUUUGACCUCCACAGUAAUGGAGAAAUAACUUAAUUGUUAUUUCUGUUCAUGGCUUUACCUGUAUGUCAACAAAGGGUUUGUACAAUAGGUAGAUGUUCCCUUUAGGAUUAUUCUGCUGCAAGAAGGAUAUUUGGAAUCUGUAUACUAGGCCUAUAGUGUCCCACUGCCUUGUUUCGUUGAAGGAUUUGUGGUAUCUAAAAAUACAUGUAAGCAGUGUUUUAUGAAUGACUUACUGUUGGUGUUGGGCACCUAACCACUCAUUUGUGUCGGCUUAAUUACUUUAUGUUGAAUGAUUGACAUGUUUAUUAUUAGAAUGAAUGAAUCCUUAAGAAUGUAAACCAUGUCUCAUUAGAGUGUGAGUCCCCGUGUGAAGAAUGAUUCAUCAGUAACUGAAAUGUAAUUGGCAUUUUCUGCCAUUAUCAACAAAUCCUUUGUCAGACAGUACACUUAGUCACUUCUAGUCAUUUGACAUGUUUACUACAACACUGAUCAUUGCUUGAUGGAAGGCCAUUUAUAGGCAGAAUCAUUAGUAACGGUGGAAGAUUACUAAGGUUAUAAAAAUGUUGCUCUCACAAACCCUCCCAAACAAGCACAUGAUUGACAGGAUUUUGCUUAGCACACACACUUAAAUUGACAAUAGAACAAGUCUCACACAAUGCUAAAAAGAAAAAGCAAAGAUGCUAAUAACCCUUCUGAAUGACAGUUGCAGGAAGGAAUUCCAUCACUACUGUUUGUCACUGAAUGUCUAUGGGGGCCUGUUUUGUCACUUCAAUCACCGUAAACAUUUAAUGUGUUGGAGACAUGUCGUAUUAAAACCUGUGUGUUGCCCUCACUCUCCUUGAUGUGCUAGCUACCUGCGGCGGCAACGUGACAGGCCCUGCUGGGGUGAUUCUAUCACCCAACUAUCCACAGCCAUACCCACCAGGAAAGGAAUGUGACUGGAGAAUUAAAGUCAACCCUGACUUUGUUAUAGCCCUAAUUUUCAAAAGGUAUGUUGCUCAUGCUACGCUGUGAGCCACCCACGGUAAUAAGGACCAAAGUCAAAGAACAGAUGGAAAGAGCGUAUCCACUCUGUCUUUGUCAGUUUGGCAAUUACCGUAAACAAACAUCAAACACCUGUGUUUGAGGUGAAAUAGUUUGCCUUUGUUCAAAUAUUAUCCAAAUCGAUGUGUUGUACUGUAUUACCCAAUAUCCCUAGAUGAUACCUACAAGCUUUUAUAAAAUGUAUGAUUUUAGCUCAUGUUACUGAAUGUAGAAUACAAGCUAGCUGUGUUUAUUAGUCUGUAUGUACCCACAGGAAUUACAUUGACUCCAAUGAGAAAAAUCAAAAAACAAACUGUUAUCAGUUGAUCUCAGAUUCAUCAGAACAUUACCAGCUCACCUUCCCUCUAAUGACAGUUAUAGACAGUACAGACAGCCCCCACAUGCCUGAUUCAGGGCCAAGCUGAACCGGGCUGGCCUCGCCAUAGUUGCUGGAAUAGACAAUGUGAAAGGAAAUAUGUGAAAAGGAAAUAUCCGAGCCAGCAGAGUAUGGUUCUGAUUGACCCUAUAGUGUGAAUUAGGCAUCAGUCUUUUAUAACCCUGGUUCUCUUUUGUAUGCUCCCAGUUUCAACAUGGAGCCCAGCUAUGACUUCCUGCACAUCUAUGAGGGUGACAACUCCAAUGGUCCACUGAUCAGCAGCUUGCAUGGAAACCAGGCCCCGGAGCGCAUCGAGAGCAGUGGCAACAGCCUCUUCCUCGCCUUCAGGAGUGACGCCUCCCUCGGGAUGUCUGGUUUUGCCAUUGAAUUCAAAGGCAAGCGAUGCAUCAUGUUGGUCUCGUAGGAGGUGACCCUAGGUUUCUUUGAAAGUGUAUAGCACUGGCCAUAUAGUAAGGUUGAUGUCUCUAUAGAAAUGUUUUCAAUAGAUAUAGGUUGUUAGGAUGAAAGAUUUCCAGACACUGGAGAAUAUAUUUUGUAGACUAUAUUUUUUGAUAAAGCCUUAUUGCAUGUUUUUCUUCCUGUCAGCUAGCUGUCCUUAUUUUAGCUGGCCCUUUUGCCUGUUGUUCAUAGAGAGCUAUUCAGCAUCUGAAAAACAGUAUGUUAUUAAAUGCUUUUUUAAUUGAAUGCAUUGAUGAUAGAACUAGAUCGACUGGAUAAUUUGAUUUAUUUAUUAUGGCAAGUCCAUGAAGGUCACAAAACACAUGAACACAGAUGUGUAUAGUAUUUUGCCCUUUCAACCUCUCGUUCAUCUUGGAAGACUUAUUAAAACCAAUCAAUAGCAUAAUUUGUUGUUUGAUUUUGUACAGACGGCCCUGUAUUUAGCUGUGCUUUUGUCAAUAAGAGCAGUUAGUUACCUUGCAUGGGAACUGGGUGAGAUCUGUCAUCUCCCAAGGCUAAAAACACUUUUUUCUGUAAAUGAAUCUCAUAUGUUCUCAGUUUUUCUCCCCAUCCAUGUACCAGUAACUAAGGUAAUUUAAAUGUUGAGAAUAAUGGCAUUGACGUUUCUGUUUUCAUACUUAUUACUGUACUAUACUUCAUAUAUUUGUUAUGAUGUUUUCUACUACUGUAUUUCUAAUGUAUUCAUCAAUCCAUUUCAAACUGUAGCUUUAGGUUAUGGACAUCAGCAUGUGGACUUUGGCCUUAUAUGUUGAGAAGCAUUUCCCCUCUCUGGGUAUUGAAAUUGUGAUGCACUAUAGCAAUUUCAGUGAUAGAAUCUCCCACCACAGGCCUCCUACUUUCACCGCUCCCAAAAGCACAGGGCAGCAGAAAGAAGUGGGCUGUUAGCUGUCAUCUUGUUUGGCAGUGUAUACAAGCACCACCUCCAGAGCUUUUUCCAACUGUCCUCUGAGUGUCUGUUGCCAGAAGGACACUGGUUGGCUGCCUCUACAGACCCACAUGCUUACCUUGCAUUCGCCUCUGUGCUGGUCUUUUCUAUUGAGGAUACCUUGGAGCAACUCAACCUGCUCUUUUUUACACUCAAACUCCCUGUGUUCUGCCUCCUACAUUAAGGUUCACCGCAGAGCCACAGCAGAAGUCUAGGUGAUAGGCUAGGAGAUAGAAACAUCAGUAGCAGCUUCUGGGAAUCCCUGGAAUGUUCAGUGUUUGAAUGCACCCAAUAACCCAGGAUGCAUACCCUACCUGUUCAUGAUAUCUGGGCUUUUCAACUGCUGAGUUUCUUUUGCAUUUAUGGAUAAGUUACAAUGCUUUAGCCCAAAGAAAAAUGGUUUUACAUUUUCCUCCUUGGUGUUGUAUUGAGAUCAAGUCUCUCUGCUCAAGGUCUGUUGUCCUGCACAGUACUUUAUCUUGAGCUUGUGUAUGUUUUCUAUUCCACAGAGAAACCCAGGGAGGCAUGCUUUGACCCUGGAAAUAUCAUGAACGGCAGUCGUGUGGGGAUGGACUACAAACUGGGCUCCACAGUGACCUAUCAAUGUAACUCUGGAUAUACUGCUGUUGGACAAGCCACAAUCACAUGCGUUAUCGGUUCGGAUGGAAAACCUAUAUGGGACAAGGCCCUACCAACGUGUAAAGGUAAGAUAUUUUCGGUUUUGGUUUGCUUACAGUUCUAAAAACUGAUUUGCAACAGCUUAUCAAAGAGAGUAUACCUUGUGUUGUUGUUGUUGUUCUCCCUUCAAGUCUAAUUGGUUGGCCUUGAUACCAUCAUCACCACUAUCAAUCAAGGCUAAUAUCAAGCCAAUGUUCACUAGUUUUACCAAAUGUUUUUCUUUGCACAAGAGGAGAGUAUGGGCUUUUCAAAGACCAAGGCUGAACUUUCUGUCAUUAAUUGA